CACAAUACUUUAACUCAACGUCACUACUAUCAUUUCUGUUAUCCAUCCACUUACGAACCACCCCAUAUUAAAACCUUUUCGACCACGAAACAAAAGCCUUCACAUUCCAUAUCCCUUACUUUCUCCUAUCUGUCUUCAGUUCUUCUCCCUUUUGUUCUCAAACAAUGGCAUAUCAACAGCAAGACAAUACACCCCUUCCUCAAGGCUGGGUCAAAGAAUGGGACGCGAAUCACAAUACGUGGUACUUUGUCGAUACCCGUCAAACCCCACCCUUCAUAACUUGGAACGAUCCCCGUCAAAGCGCCACUGGUGGUGCGGCUGCCGGCGGUGACCGCGGUCUUAUGAGUUCACUCGGCAACAUGAUAUCCGGCAAACCCUCUCAAACCUCAAGCUCAAAUCAAUACGGCAAUCCUUACCCACCUCCACAUCACGGUAACGGCCCACCACCGAAUCAGGCUUAUGGAGGCCAAUCUAACUCUUACUAUAAUCAAGCCCCUCAACAAAGCAGCUACCAACCUCCAGCCGCACCCCAAGCUUCUUCCGGUGGACUAGGAGGCCUUAUGUCCAAGAUCCCUGGCGGGUUCGGCGGCAGUUCCUCGUCUGGACCGCCGCCGCCUGCUGCUGGUGGCGGUAAAACAAAUCCUCUUUUAGCCGCAGCAGGGGGAGCCGGAGCUGCUGCCUUGGCUAUGAAGAUAUUUGGAGGCCACCACGGAUCUAGCCAUCACGGAUCCAGCCACCAUGGAUCUAGCCACCAUGGAUCCGGGCAUCAUGGUCACCAUGGACCUCUUGCACUUCUCGGACAUCAUGAACAUCAUCAUGGACAUCAUCAUGGACAUCAUGAACAUCAUGGACAUCACGGACAUCAUGGACAUCACGGACAUCAUGGGCACCACGAUUGAACAUCGUUUGGUUAUCUGGCUUACUUCUCUUAUUGUAUCUGGUUUAAUGCAGCACACAUUGUAUACAUGCGAAUUCUUAAAUCAAUUUGUAUAGUGAUGAUUUUCAAAAUCGGGUCUUUUGAUUGCGUUAAGCUUUAAUGAUCCAAACAGCGUGGCUGCUAUCAUCAAUCCCCGAAACGCUCCCCAUUGAAACCACUAUUUAU